AAUUCCAAAAUUUCGGGAUUUUUUUACCGCGAAGGAUAAUCAAAACAAAGUGAAUUGAAGAUUAAACUGUUCAUGUUUAUCAUAAUUCUAAACAAAACGUUUUAUUGGGCACAAAUUUGCCUUCUUUCCUUUUCUUUAAAGAAAUGAAGUUCCGCGCUAUAGUAACGGACAACGUCCAUAUACGGGAGCUGCUAAAUAUAGUGACAACGUUGUCCCGUAUCAAUCGAAACAUAAUUAUCAACGUUCAACCGUCGAAGGUGGUCCUUCAGAUCGAAGCGGACGUCGAAACCGGACAGUGCCUGUGGUGUGAGAUCGAUGCAGCGGACCGGGGUGCAUUUUUCAGUGAGUAUGUGAUGGACGGAAUCGACGAGCAGCACAACCAGUUUUAUCUGACGGUUGUGGCGGCCAAUCUGGUUCGCGCUCUUUCCUGGAAUCAUUCGAUCGAUUACCUGAAACUAAAACUCGAAAAAACGGAACUGGUUUACCUGGCGGUGGAAAUGACUGGGGUUUCCCACAAUGAAGAGGAUUUCAUGUGUCCUAAGGUUAACCAUCAAAUCCCGGUGACGGUGGUUCCACGCAGCGAAUGGAACCAUUUCAAUCUCCCACAGACUGUACAGUACGAUUUAACAACCACGCUACCGUCCAUCAAAUCGCUACGAGCCUUAAUGGAGAAGAAAAAGAAUCUGUCACCAGCGGUCACAGUGUAUGCCACUGCGACGGGGGAGCUGUCACUGGUGGUGGAAACUGACAUUGUUACCGUUGGUAGCCACUACAAGGGACUCGAGAGCUCCUGGUGUGCAGGCCGUCCACCGGCUGCGAACGGUGAAGAUGCCGCCUGUCGGGUGGAUUCCAAGAAACUGUCCACCAUUCUGGAGAGUAUCAAUUGUUGUAAUCUCAGGAUGGUGGCCAACAUCAAGCACGAGCAUUUAUUUAACAUUAGGUUCGAGAUUAAAGAUAAUGUUUUUAUUAGUUUUAUUCUGCCAGCGAUUGAUUUCGAUUGAAAGAAUACAAAAGUUGUUUUUUUCUCAA